UGACACAACGGUCAAAUCCAUCUACCUUGAUCUUUUAACUGCCGCAGAUGAAUUAGUACUCUCUGAAUUAACCGAAAAUAUGCAAGAAUAUCUUAUUUCUCAUGAAAUUGAUUGGAUACGCGAUAAUUUCUUUAAAAUACUUCAAAUAACCGCAAGAUCAAAAACUUUUACAAGACUUGAAAGCUUAUGUCAAGAGAUUUUCAAUACGAACCCAGCCUCAAUUUUGAACACAGACGGUUUUCUUGAAUUGGAAGCAGAUUUCUUAAUUUCCUUAUUCAAAAGAGACGACAUAGUUCUCGAUGAGAUUUUGAUUUGGGAAUCGGUUAUUCGUUGGGGAAUGGCGCAAAUUAAAUUAAAUACAGACGUAUCACAAUGGACCAAUCGAGAUUUUAUCAGAUUAAAAAAAGCUGUUAAUAACCUAAUCCCGCAUAUUAGAUUUUUCAGCAUUUCUGGAAUAGAUCAUAGAACAAAGAUUCGUCCGUAUAAAAAAAUUCUUCCAAAAGAAUUAAAAGAAGAAAUUAAAGAUUAUUUCUUUGCCCAAGUUCCUCCAAAGAAAUUCUGUAAACUUCCAUCACGUACUACUAAAAAUGAGCCCAAUGGAUCAUUUGCUAAUAUUUUAGAUCAUGCGACUCUUACUUCUAUUGAUUCAGUUCUUAUGGAUACAAAUGAAUUCGACCCCAAACAUGCAAUUUGGAAUUCUGCUGGAAAUCCAGGAUUCGGAUCUGAUUUACAAUGGUUCGUUGGUGUUUGUGCGCCUAGGUCAUACAAAACACCAAUUUAUGAAUCCACUCUGUUUUCACUAAUUAAUUUUGAGGUUUUUAAAGUCGAAAAAAAGAUUUAUAAAAAUGAUAAUUGUAAAGAUGAUAGUUGUAAAGAUGAUAGUUAUAAAGAUGAUAGUAAUGUAAAAAAAGCAAAGAUUGAAUAUGAUUCAGAUGAAACUGUGGAAAGUGAUUCAGAUUAUUUAGACAUCGACAACCUAUAA